UUGUAUGCAAUUUUUCAUAAAUAAAAUUCAAGAUAACACUGACAGAAAUUUCACGCAGACAAUUUAGAAAAAUUUGUAUAGUCUGCUUGGUUAUCAUUUGGACACUCACACCGGAAACCGCUCACUACCUGGGAACAUGGAACUGGAACAAUCUAACGAUGUUGGUCCACCUCCCCCUGAAGGUCGUCAUCCUGAUAUUCAUCGUCAACCCGAAAGCCUAAGGACUGCACAACUCAUCCCAUUAACCGAUCUUACUCCAGAUGCUCUCAAAAAGGUGAAGCAGAGGUUGGGUGGUCCCGUGUGGGCACAUUUCUUAGCAAAUGUUUAUACCCCACGACCCCCCAAAAAAAAUGUUCCACCAGUCGCCAAACCCAUUCCACUAGCAAGAAUUGCUUCAGAGGCUUUCGAAAUGGCCAGAAAGGGGGUGAGUGGUCACGAAUGGGUAAAUUUCCUGGGAACCAUAUUCCCCCCACCGAAAACAAGUCAGUACAACCCCGUCGUGCCAUGUCCUCCACCAAUAAUCCCUCGCAUCCCAUCUGCUGCCAAACAAGCCGUGGAAGACAUAAUUUUGAAUCGCAACAUUUGUCGGGUGAAUUGCAAAAACAAGAAAAUUUCAACAAUUCCAAGUAUUCAAGAAUUGAACAGAAUCACUCUGAACGAAACAUGUAAAGUCAACAAUUUUGUCGUGACGCAUGAAGACAUAGGCAGCAUGACGUUCUGUGGAAAUGUUGACGUGUUCGGGAUGAAUUUGGAUGAAUUGUGGGAUGCUGACCGUGACACGAUAAAUUUUGAAUUCAACUUUUCCGUCCCGACGCGCAUUGUGAACAAGAAUGUUUGGCCGAAGGACGAAUCUGGGAGAAGGCUUCAGCAGAAUAAUCGUGACCCUCAAGUCCUCAACUACUGGACGACUGUACAAAAAGCAUGCGAACUCCAGAAGGGUUGUAGGUACAUUGGAUAUGAUCACAUUAAUGGGAUUGCUCAGUUCAAUGUUGGCGAGGCUUUUAACGAAAAAGAGUAGUUACAAAUGACGAUUAUUUUCAUCUUAUGGACACCACUAGUUUAAAGAUAUCGACGAUCAAGACGCCGAAAAAUUGCAGAAUGCCAGAAAGUAUAUGAAAACGAAUUUUAGUUUACAUAAAAAGUGUUAUAUUCGAAAAGGAUUAUCGUAAC